AUGCGGGACGCGGUUUCGGUUCAAUUGCCGGCGCGCAAGUUGCUCAUGCAGAAAAGCAAGGAAAGCUGGUCUGAUGAUGGAGAUGGUGUCGAGUUGACCAGAGGGCGGAUGGAGAACCUAUGGAAGCGUUCACCUGAUGGAGGAGGGGAAAAGAAGCAAAUGACAGGUGGUGCAGGUCGGAAGGAAGAUGCAGAUGCGGCAGCACAGUAUUGGCAACGUGUCGGAGUCGCAGCCCUCUUACGCCAUUCCGAACUACCAGAGGAGCUAGAGGAGGGGAGGGGCGGCGCCGACGAUCCUUCCAUGUGCUUGAACCAGCACAAAGCAGCACCAGUAAAAGGUGGCGUGCACGAGGGCCCCAAAAUGUCGCCCCAAGCCCCUGUUACAAAGAUUGAAAUCCCCCAUGGACAGGGGCGUAGUUUCCCCCACGUGCAUCUUCAUCUCGCCCAAAAGGCGUCGCAUCUUCAACGCCGCAAGCUAACACCAGCGCCACAGCAAGGGGAGCAAGCCUCUCAGCACCAGCCGCCCCUCUCCGGUGCCGUGCCUGAACACGGAAACCCGACCCGUCACCUUCUAGAAAUUCUAGAAGCUCAUGUCGGCAAAUGGGCGCUGCUUGGUGGGAUUUUCGUGUCUGCGCCUCCCCAACAAACGUGGAAGCACUGUCAGAAAUGGUCUCGAUCCCGUCUGCAUCCUGGUGUGAUUCAUUUGGGUUUCGUCAUGAGUUUCCUUCUCAACUAA